AUGGCCAUUUAUUUCUGCUGUAUCCUUACUUUGCAGGAGGAAAUGUCGUUAUACAGCGAUAAGAGGAAAGCUCUUGCAGACAGCCAGGCUGCAUUCCAAUCCCGACGAGGCAACUUCAACCGAUUCAUUUUGGACAAUUUAAAUAAACAAUGGAGGCAACGGCGUGCCAUUAAGGAGAGCAGAAUUAUGCAGGAGCAGGGCAUGAGAGAACUGCAGUUUAUUGGUCAACAAACAGAGGAAGCCUUGAAACGACGAGACCAACUGCAAAGGAAACUGACAACGCUUCGGCAUUAUGAAAGUUUGUUGAGGGAUGCACUUGAUUUGCUACCCAAAGACUAUUUUAGAGCAAAUACCAAUGGGCCAGACAGUCUCAUCCUUCGAUUCACUAUGUUGCAACGUAUGCAGAAAUUACUACUGUCCGAGCUUUACCAGAAGCAAGAGUCUGUGCAGAAGGAAUUUUCGGAAUUGAAUCAGUCACGAAUGGAGCAGGUAGAAGAUCUACUAACGAAGAUAGGUUCGAUGCAGCUUCUGGGAAACGAAUGGAACCAGGAGCUGGAGAACCGGCAGAAAUGCGAAGAGCAAUACGAGAGAGACAGAGAUCGAGUUGCGGAAGAGUGUGUCAGAUUUGUAACCAUUGUCCGCGCAUUACGGAACAUCGCUGAAAAAGCUGCAAGUGGACUCUAUAGUCUGCACACUCAACAAGUUUCAAACCAGCAUAAAGUUCCUUUGCAGAUCAACUUCAGGGUCAUACUGCGCUUUUUGAACGUCGUUACAGCCAUUCGCGAAGAAAUCGCCCCGGCCACCAAGAAACAGCGUCCGCUGGUGGAAACGAAGAGGAAUGAUACACCCAUCUCUCUGAUGGUCAGCCGCAAGACGACUCUAUCCGACACAACGACACGUGACAACAAGCCUUCAAAUGUAGGAAACUGGAGAAUUCUGCCGCUUUUCAGUAGCCACAAGAAGGGAAUUGAUGACACCGAUGGCGAAUAGCCUGAGAACGAACGAAAGGAGACUAAUCCAGCUUACCUUUCUGCUCCCAUCACUAGGGUGUUUCAUACCAUGUGAUUUCAUCAAUGUAUAUCGCGAUGACCACCUAAAUAAUACAAAUCACACGCCAUCAAAAGCUAAUUAAAAUGGACAGUUCUGUGUCAACGGCAAAUCCCUUUCCGUAUCUGCAAUGGGGGUUAUGUCCAAAUUAAUUUUGGAUUGGUUGGAUCACGCGCGCCUUUUCAUAAGUAGGAACCGCCAGGCAAUAGCUGCCUGCAGAUACGUCAUAAACAAUUUCAAAUAAAGGUUCCA